GGCCCGGAGCGUCCGCCCAGCCCUGAGCGAGGCCCCACAGGGCGCCCCCCGCCGUCGAGCAUGAGUCACUGCAGCAGCCGCGCCCUGACCCUGCUGAGCAGCGUGUUCGGGGCGUGCGGCCUGCUGCUCGUGGGCAUCGCCGUCAGCACUGACUACUGGCUGUACAUGGAGGAGGGGACGGUGCUGCCGCAGAACCAGACCACGGAGGUCAAGAUGGCCCUGCAUGCCGGCCUCUGGAGAGUCUGCUUCUUCGCAGGCCGGGAGAAGGGUCGCUGCGUGGCCUCAGAAUAUUUCCUUGAACCGGAGAUCAACUUGGUGACGGAAAACACGGAGAAUAUUCUGAAGACCGUGCGCACGGCCACCCCGUUCCCCAUGGUCAGUCUCUUCCUGGUCUUCACCGCCUUUGUCAUCAGCAACAUCGGCCACAUCCGCCCGCAGAGGACCAUCCUGGCCUUCGUUUCCGGCAUCUUCUUCAUCCUCUCGGGCCUCUCCUUGGUGGUGGGCUUGGUCCUGUACAUCUCCAGCAUCAACGACGAGGUCAUGAACAGGCCCAGCAGCUCUGAGCAGUACUUCCACUACCGCUAUGGGUGGUCUUUCGCCUUCGCUGCUUCCUCCUUCCUACUCAAAGAGGGGGCUGGUGUGAUGUCGGUGUACCUGUUCACCAAGCGCUACGCGGAGGAGGAGAUGUACCGUCCACACCCGGCCUUCUACCGCCCGCGUCUCAGCGACUGCUCCGACUACUCCGGCCAGUUUCUGCAGCCAGAGGCCUGGCGCCGCGGCCGCAGCCCCUCUGACAUCUCCAGCGACGUGUCCAUCCAGAUGACGCAGAACUACCCUCCCGCCAUCAAGUACCCCGACCACCUGCACAUCUCCACCUCGCCCUGCUGAGCCCCCGACUCUCCGGGCUUCCCCCGCCCCCCGGGGCUCCCGGCCACGCCGCCCCGCCCCGCUCGCUGGGACUCCGGGCCCCACCGGAGAAGGCCCCGCCCCAGCCCCGCCCACGCUCCCAGGCGACUCCGCCCCUCUCCAGCUGCUCUGGCCCGGCCCAGCCCCGGGCCCCCCAAGCUUCGGCCACUCGGCGGGGGUGCUGCGCUGGAGAGCAGGUUCGGGCAGGCGCCGGGAAUGCCAAGCAGCCUCUUCUCCCCUCAGCCCAGUGACUUCCCUUCCCGGCCAGUCUCUGCUCUCAGGGGUCCUCUGGUGGAGUGGGGGUGGUGUGUGUUUGCUCUUCCCGCCAGGGCUUGCAGGCCCAGGGAAUGUGGUUGCAGGCCCAGGGUAUGUGGUUCACCUGGUCCCUGUUUUUCCGUCUCUGUCUCUAUCUCUCGCUGUCUCUGUCUCUCUCACGCG